AUGGAAUUACCUGACGACUUGGCUUCAGCAGUGAGAAAGUCGUGGUCCGAACCAGUGGUUCCAGAGGGAGCAGACUCUCCUAUUGGGACGCCCCGCAGUACACCCAGAAGUUCAGAAGGAGGGUCCAUUUCAGUGGAAUCAGAUACGCCCGUUGAUUACCAGCUCCUGAAGCACCACUAUGCAAUAACCGAUGACGAUAGAAGAGGAAGCGUCCAGGGAGGAGUUUUGGACAUUUUGGGAGGUCUGGAUCCUGCAGUGUGUCCAGCAGCCCCACAAAACACUCGCAGAAAAUCCAUAGAAGAGGUGUCGAAAAUACGGCAGUGGUUGAACCCACGCAGCUCCUUUUCGGGGGUCUCUCCCGACGAGCCUAACAUAGCCCAUGGUACUGCAGCUCACAAGUGCUGGGUCACUGCUAUUGAGUCGCAAGAUGACUACUGGCCCAUUUUGGUUCUGCAGCACUCUCUGAUGAGCUGUGGGUCGCGCUACAAGCUUUUGGUUCUGUACACCGAGCAGAACUGCACUAUAGCCACGCAGCUGGCACAUCGCGGCGUCGAGAUUCUAAAAGCAGCAGAAGUUGCGCCCAUUUUGGUUUCGUCGUCCCCGUCGUCGCCAGCACCCACCGCUGCAACGGCCACUUCAAAUGCGACCUCCGACCUGCCUCUGUCUUCCAGGUGGUUCAAACUUCUGCCGUUCGUUUCGCUGGCGAACGCAUUCGACUUAGUUUGCUACCUCUCACCCCGCUCAAUUGUGCUUUCCAACAUUGACGAGCUGCUGGACUCGGAGGUUGUGUCCUCUGAGAUUGACAACGAAACUUGUGUGCUGCUGUCCAAUUCAGUACAACCCUCACCCACGGUUAUAGUCCUACGCCCAAACAAAGAAAUCGAGGCUUGCAUUCGAGAGUAUAUGACUGUAUACACGGAUGCCGAGAAAAAUAGCAAGUGGGCCAAGCUGCGAAACUCGGAUGGUGCUGCUGUUUUGAGAGAGCUUUUCCAGGAUUCGUGGGGAAUUGUUGCAUCAGAAUAUUGUUAUAGCGGGCUUGAUAGCGUGCCGGCACAUGCCAAACUCGUAGAAUGCUGCACAACCCAGCCGUGGAAUGCAAGUGACAACACUAGUAUGCUCUGGAAGAGGGCUUGCGGGCAACUCAAUCCAGAACUUUAA